UUGAGUACGAAAAGUGAGAAAGAAACGACGGGACAUAAAGAGAAAACGAAUAAUCGAACAGUAAUCGUGUACGUGCGUCGAGUGCAAACAAAAUUUUGAUCGAUCCAACAUCGAGAAAUUAUAUUAUUUAGUGAUAUAAGAACGGUGAUCGGCGUGGAAGAGUGUGCGUGAAGAUGAAGCAGCCGCUGGCAGAUUUGCCGGCACGGUAUCGGUGUUGAGACACUGGACCCGGUCUCUGUGUCCGGGCGUGUCUUCGGCAUCGAGUCCGAAAUCGGCACCGGCUACAGCCGAUAUGAGUUCGAAAUUCAUAAUCGAUAGUAUGCUACCUAAGUACCACCAACAGUUCCAUCAUCAACAGUUGUUCUCGAGCGCGAACCCCGGCACGAUCCAGGCGUGUACGACAAGUCCGGCCACCGCAAGUUUAGAAUCGAGUUUAUCCGCGGCUGCAGUCGCGGCCGCGGCAGUGAAUUACGCGCAACAGCACAAUUCUCCUAGCCCGACGGGCUCGAGUCCACAGCACUCAGGAAGUUCAGCCUCUACGUCACCGGCUGCACGUACCACCUCUAGCAUGUAUCCAUACGUGUCGGCGGCAGCGGCGCACCAUCAUCAUCAGCAACAACAAGCGGUAGCGGCAGCGGCCUUCGGUGCCACGUCCAGCAUGGUGCCAGGCUUCGGUUCGACCGCGGCUUCGAGCGCCGCGUUGGCCGCGGCCGCGGCUGUCGACGCCGCCACCGCCGGUGACAAAUCUUGCCGUUAUACCGCCAGUCUUACCGGAAAUGUCGCACCAACGUCCGCCGAUCCGAUGGUAAAUUAUACCCUUGGUCAUCAUCAUCAGAACGGCGCUACACCUGGUAGCCUGGUCUCGUCCGCGUCAGCCUCGUCGGCUGUUUCCGCUGCGUCCGCCUCCAUGGCUGCAGCUGCACAAUUCUAUCAUCAGGCCGCCGCUGCAUCGGCUGUCGUUGAUCCUUUGACAUCAUGCCAACAACCUACCACCGGACAACCCGGCAUCUCGGACAUACCACGAUAUCCAUGGAUGUCAAUCACCGAUUGGAUGAGCCCGUUCGACAGAGUCGUGUGCGGCAAAUCUGCGUUUUUGACGUUUCCAGGGCCGAACGGUUGUCCGAGGCGUAGGGGUCGACAGACGUACACGCGGUUCCAGACGCUGGAGUUGGAAAAGGAAUUUCAUUUCAACCAUUACCUGACGCGACGGCGACGAAUAGAAAUUGCGCACGCCCUUUGCCUCACGGAACGACAGAUCAAGAUCUGGUUCCAAAACCGGCGGAUGAAGCUGAAGAAGGAGCUGAGGGCGGUGAAGGAGAUCAACGAGCAGGCCAGGCGGGAACGGGAGGAACAGGACAUGAUGAAGAAGCAGCAGGCCGAGAAGCAAGCGAAGAUACAGCAGGAGCAGCAGAACGCCGCGCUUCAGCAUCAGCAGCAACAUCACGUGAGCGGUCUGGACAAGACGCAGAGCGAUCUUCUGAAGGCGGUCAGUAAGGUGCCCACAUAGGAGACUUUGCUAAGCCGGUUGUCUUUCUUUUAAAGAAGAAACAAGAGACUGGACGCAGCCUAGACGCAUACAUCGAAGCGAAGCAGCUGAUAAGAGGUUGGCCAAACGUGUAGAGAAGAGAAAAGAAAAUCGAACGAACGCGGGCAAGCACGAAAAAAAUGCACCUCUUCUUGCUGUUCCGGCGUGAACCGACUAGGACACGACGAAGGCCUGUCUCUUCGGGACUUCUUUUUCCUCCCGCUCUCUUCACCGAGAAGAAGGUGUUCUCGCGUACUUUACGUAGUACGCGUACUACGAAGACUUUAUCAAGUGAUCUCUGUUCUCUUGUUUUCGUAUCGAGUUUAAAGAGAAAGAAAGGGAAACGGAGAGGAAACGCAGUAGAGGACGGUUUUACGAAGGCGAACGAUUACGACUCGGAGUAACGACAAUAGCGCACCGUGUUGUGCCAUUGCCCCUCUCCGAUGAGACUCGGUGUCGAUAAGAGGCAGAGACGCGGGGAUUGCAAAGGUUGCGGAGGAAACGAGGGAGCCGAGAGAGAAAAGCGCGCAACGAUGUUUGAAGUUGUCUGUCUCUUUUGUUUUUUACGGAAGAAGAAAGGAACGAAGGAGAAAUAGGAUGCGGAGGGAGUAAUCGUAGUCGUUAGAAAACAGAGAGAGAGAGAGAGAAAGAGAGAGAGAGAGAGAGAGAGAGGAGCGUAGUAGAAAAGCGAAGCGUAUAAAAGAAGCGAGAAGCACACCCUCGAAAAAAAAGAAAAAAAGCAAAAAGAAAUUAAAUAAAAAAAAAAAAAUACACUACGUACUUAUUUGGCUGGGCCAAAAGGAUGGACCUAGCCUGCGACUGAUUCCUAGAGCGUAUAAUGUAAUAAUUGUUAAUCGGGCGCGACGAGUCAUCGCGAUUGCCGGGUGAUGAACAGCGGGGAUGAUCAGUUGGCGCGAUAACUGCCACACAGACGUACACGAGGAGCCAACGAUCGCGCGUCGGAAACCGACGAACUAGAAUUAGCUUGAACGAGGAGAGGCCGAAGGAUUAACGCCGCCCUGCCGUAUAACAGAAGAUCUCGUGUGCGGCAGCGCCGACGAGACGAUCAAUUAAUACCGACGGAGGAGUGGUAGGGAGUAAUUAAACGAGGCUGUCGAAGAAUUCGUCUAAUUCCGCUGAACGAUCAAAACGGAGAGAAAAAAAAAAGGGGGGGGGGACACGAAACUCGUUGCACUCCGCCAUGCCAAGGAACAUGGACGAUCGCGGGCCUGACCUUUCGAAUUUCUCUAUCUCAACUUCGAUCGAUUAUUCUAAUUACCUGCCCAUCAUUCGCCAUACGACAGUUACCAACGUGGAUCAUCGCGAUAUCUUUUCUUCGCGUCUCGUAUCGGAACGUCUACGUAUGUCUGCCAGCUUUCUCCGAAAUAUCCCGAUCAAAGUUUAGUUGGCCGUGGAGAGUUUCUCCAUUGCCGAUAGAAGGAUAUGGCGAGAGGAUGAGCGAAAAUCGAAUCUCACGGUAUACGCGCAGAUUCGACGAUGUAGCUCGUUCCGCGGGGAUGAACGGAUAACGCGGGGUAACUCGCGUUACGAUUAGUCUCGCGCGAGCGAAUGAGCGGCGGAAAGGAUGGCAAACGGAUCGUAUCGGAGAACUCUGGACGCCCUCGUUAAAACAUAACAUACCUAUCGCGCGAUUGCGCACUUUGAAUACCUCAGAUAGCCUCUUCGGAUACCGCGCUUCUUACCGAUUAUAACGAAACUAGUGGCGCAUGCAUUCGACCGACUGUAUGCACACGAGCAAUUUCGUGCCGCUGGCCGACUUCUUUCCACGAGAGAGGAAUUUAGUGGUACAAAUCGAUGCCAUUUGCUGAGCUCCUUUUCCAGAGUUAAUUAACCGUGGUUUACGCUCGUGAUUGCCUCUUCGAGAGUUCGCGUUGUAAUUAGGUAAAUUAACGUCGCUCCCGAUAAUAUUUCUGCCAUUUCUGACGUCCGUGCCGACUACGCCAGAUCUGCUCUCGCUGACGCAAAUAUCCUUUAACCGUUCUAACCGAACCCGUUGCGGAUCGCUGUUUCCCCCGGUUUUUCGUUUCUCUUUUUUCUUUCUAUACAUUCUUUUCAUACGUUUCUCUGACCCGGAUCGGCCAUGUUCUCCCGCGAAACGUUGAAAAAGAUCGGCGUUGGAACGCGUCGUUGCUUCGAUUGGUAUUCCUUCAACGAUAAAUUCACUCUUUUCUAAAACUGAUUGUCCGUCGGUUCCUCUCGAUUAGCGUACCAGGUAACUAGUCCAGAGGAACCCCGAGGCGCGGAAAUUUAUUUUUUUACGAGGAAAUUUGACGAAAUCACGAUGAGCGACGAAGCGUUGCACGAAGAUGUUAGGAAGUCUGACGAAACUAUAUGGGGGAAAGAUGAUUAAUCAGACAGGAAACGAGAUUAUUCUUCUCCGCGUAUUUUUUCCCAUCUGUCAAUAACGAUGUUCUAAACUAUCUCGAUGAACGAACGUUUCAAACGUUCGAGAUUCCCGUUCAUUCCGAUAAACCCGACCAGUACGACUGUGUUUCGAAUGAAAAAUUGAAACGUUUCAGGUAGUAGUGGAUUUCGGGAGGGGCUGACUCGUCGAUGAGCAUUCACAUUCAUUUAUCGCUUCAGUUAGAUCUCAGAUGAUAUCGUACAAGGUAUCGCUAACGCUUUUACUAAUACAAGAUAACUUGUAUGAAAGCAGCACGUUUUCCAUAUUAUCUAAGAUAAUUUAUCGUUACGCUAUUGGCGAGGAUCAUUGUUUAAUUGGGUCACGCGGUCACGAUCCAUGACCGGUCCCGCGACCAUUUCGAACGCGACGUUCUUCUAAGAGAAAUUUAUUUUCCAACUACGAUUGUUUUUUUUUUCUUUCUUCUUAUCAUACUUCUUCCUUCUUAAUAACGUUAUUCGCUCAUUUCGCGUUGACACAUGUUAAUUUUUGUCUGUUAAUUUUACGUAGUGUUAUCAUAGUUAUAUCGAUCAUAUUAUAUAUAGCCGUGUUAAUUCGAGUAUCGAAAUCGUUAAAAACGAACAGAUGAUGAUUAUUUGCUUCUGUUCCUUCCGUCUUUUUCCUUCUUUUUUCUUUUUUUUUUUUUUUUCUUGGUCAAUUCUUUUCUGUAUCGCACAUCGAUUUGUUAUUUCCGUGUCCGAGUAUCUCUGUGUUACACUUUCGCGUGCAGCAUCACGGCACAGCAACGUGCUUCCGCGGACGAUAAUCGAACGUACGAUUGGCCGUAGUGAAAAGGGAAAGGGGCGAGAAAAUCGGGAAAGAGAGAAGAAAAACGGGAGUACACUAGAGAGACAGAGAGACAGAGAGAGAGAGAGGACAAACUUCUAAAUAAACACGCAAGAGAUUUUUACGCAAACAAAGACACAUCACCGGACGAGUAUCUCACUCUUAGUACAUUAAAUACGUAAUUUGGUGUCAGGGUAGACAUUUUUCCAUAGAUAUAGAAGCCGUUGUUGCUAUUUACUUACGUAGAAUUCGUAACGAUGAAGAGGACUAGUAAGGGAAACCGAGAAAGAAACGCCCAUCUUUCAGAUUAUAUAAAUUAUUACCUAAUUAUUUUUUUCUCCUCCCCGUUAAUGUCGAUCCGUACAAAAUAUUCAUCCGCCGUAUUCCACGAGUAUCGAUUCGGAUGCCGACCGGUUUUUAAUGUUAUUUAUCGCGAGACAAUGCGGAACGUAUCGUCGGUGUCGUUUGGUCUUCCGUAAGUUAUCGAUUUUUCCGACUUGCGCGUCGAAAAUUUCUCGAAAAAGUUCGCGAUUCGAUGUUCCUGUCGAAUGUUUCGUUUGUUUAACUUUUUCCGUUGCUCGCGAUUUCCAGCGAUUCGUUUGAUUGUGAAUGUUUUGACAGAAAUUGCGGAAUUUCUUCUUUAAUCCGUUUGAGAAACACGUAUGACGAAUCGUCGAAACAAAACGCAUAUACGUAACUGGAACCAAGAGAAACCGUAAGAUUUGUUUUCCAGUAAGGCGGAGGAUCUGUUGUACGAAUCGCACAAUGACUAUCUAUUUACGAUGUAAAAUCAUAGUGUACACAAUACCUUAUUAUAUAUUGUUAAAAAUAACGAGUACGUUAUAUAUAUAUAUAUAUAUACAUACAUAAAUAUAUAUGUAUAUGAACAAAAGGGGAAGAAAAUUUGUUCUACCGUGCUCGGAAGACAAGCAAACAAAUAGGAAAAAAGAAAGAUUUUGAUAGCAGUAUGAUAACGAAAAUGAAAUUUAGAAUACGUAUGACGUGUACGUAAAAAAUACAUACAAAGCAAAAGAUUGAUAGAAAAAGAAGAAAUGAAAAAAAAAAAAAAAAAAUUCUACGCAACAAAAGAAUUAAGAAGCAGGAAAAAAUAAGAUUUUGUUAAAUCGAAGGGAGGAAAGGAACAAUUUUUAGAUCAGCUAGAGCAACUAUUAUUAUAUAGUGAAAAAAGUAAGGAAUAAAUAGACGUCCGUAAUCAAGGUGAAAUCGCAUCGUUUUUAGGGGGAAAAUCUAAGGAAAAGUAAUAUUGAGCGAGCGAGAGACCGAAAGAGAGAGGGAGAGAAAGGAAGUAAGAGAGAGAGAGAGAGAGAGAGAGGGUGAGUGAAUGGAUAAAAACCGUAUUCAUAUUAAUACUAUACCGCUAAUUACCUAAAGUACUAUUAUACAUAAAUAUCGCCGUACGUAAAGUAACGAUUAAGCUGAGCAUGCGAGUUUACGCACGAGAUGUACUCAUGUAAACUAUCUCCAUCCACCUUCAUCCCCACCCGUCCCCCUUCUUGCUCCUUCAACCUCCACACGCCACCUUCUUCCUCAGACCUCCGCAUAGAGAAUAUACCUCUGCAUACCGUAAUUGUAACGAUGUCUUAAACGUGUAACGAGCAAGAUAAACGAAAAGCGAAGAAAAAAGAAUAUUACGUUUACGCGAACGACAUAGAAUAUAAAGUAUAAUAAGAUACGGUAGGAUAUACGGUUCAGUUGAUAGGAAUGGAACGUUCCCAGGGAACGGGAUACUCGGAAAAAUAUAUAGUUGCCGCUGGGUCCCAAUUAAUACUGACGCAGUUCGAUGAACACAGCCAACGACGACGAUGACGACGACGACGACGACGACGACGACGACGACGACGACGACGACGACGACGUUGAUAGUUAAGAGAAUCGACGAGACGCGCAUUCGAUCAUGCUAGAAUCGAAUUCAUGGAACCGAAUAGUUUGCUCGGUGAAUCGUGAACUUGUUUGUUGUAUAUUUUGCUCUCCUACAUGUUAUUUCUAUAAUUUUUGUUUCUUUUUUUUUUUUCUUUCUCUUGCUUUCUGUUUCUUCCAACGACAAACAAUACGUUGAACACUUUCGACGAAUUUUCGGAAAGAUGAAUGGCUCAUGGCUCGCUCGAAGAAAUUUGAACGAAGAAUCGUGCGCUUGGUUGCUUGGAAAGUCCGUUUACUCACGAUUCUCGUUUCUGUUCGCGUGCGACGUUGGCGCGACCGUGUUAGACACGCGGCGGUUAGAUUUCUUAAGAUUUCGCCUGCCCGCGUAACGUUGUAUUAUUGCGAUUUCUGGCGACGCAACUAUACCUUCUUCGGAGCAGGAUCGAGCGGAAUCGACGCACGUGGCGAUGUAGAAGCGGAGAGAACUGUAAGAAAAAUUGUCGACGCACGCAAGUCGUAUAUCGGUUCCGGUCCACGUAAUCUCAGUUACGGAAUUUGAUGGGGUAGCGAUAUAAACCGCGCGACCUUGAGCGGCGUGAUACGUUGUUCGUGAUGCAUUUCGUGAUGCCGGUUUAAGGUCAUUUCUGUUCUAUAUCGACAGUUUUCGGACGGAAAGUAAUAAAAGGAAGGUGCGCGAUCGCGCCUGAAUCUUCUUCGGCUCAAUGUAUACGUAAAAAGAAAUACGAACGUGAAAAAGGAAAAGACGAACGGAAAAGGGAACUGAAGAAAUUUAACGGAAAGGGGAGAGAAAUUUUCUACGGGGCAAAAGAAAAGAAAAGGAAAAAAGGACAUUAAAGAAGGGAAAAGAUGCACGUGACGCGAUCGAGUCCCGAGAAUCGGUGUAACUAUUUGUAGAAAAGCUUUACACGUAACUCUAUUUACGAAUUAUUAAUAUUAAUAUUAUUAUUAUUGAUAAUAUUAUCGACGACACUAUUUUUAUUAUUUUUAUUACUACAUAGCAUAGUUACGUUUUGUUUUCAAUGUUAAUACCGUUUGCGUGUACAGAGUCUGUUUUUUAAAACGACUUAAAGUGACGCGGCUGGCCAGGUAACGUGGUUAGCGGAAGUGGCGGCGCCGAUACGUCCGACAAAUUAGGGAUAUACGUAACGCGUACUAAGUAUAAUUAAUUAUCAUUAUUAAUUAGCUGAGAAGUUUGUACAGUAAUCGCAACGGUGAGAUUCGUAGCGACCAUGUUAUAUACGUACGUAUGUAUUAAGUCUUUAAUCGUUAGUGAGUGCGGUUCGAAACGAAAGAAACAAAAAAGAAGAAAAAAAUUAAAUUUAGCUGUGUGCGUGUGCGUGCGUGUGUGUGUGUGUGUGUGUGUGUGACGCGCAUUCACACGAGCCUCUCGCCGAGAAAGCAGCGUCGAGUGUUUCGACUAAACGAACGAACGAACGAACGAUUUGGGAACCUAGGCGUUUCCGCUUUUCGCUCCUCUGCUCGGCUCGCUCCAUUCGGCACCCUAGUAACCGAAUUCCGUUCAUUUGACGUUUUUCCUUGAACCGUGUUGCUCGUUCAUCCUGAAAGGAUAAGUCGCGCUGAGACGUGCCUCGACUGCGUGCCGUCCUCUCGUUGUUUCUAAUUGUAAUCUCCCAUUGACGAACAGUUUGAAACAACCGAUCGUUCGUUGAGUGUUGCCAGUUGUUUACGUUACAUCGUUUCCAUUGUUUUCUCUUUUAUAAGCGUUCAUGUUGAUCGUCUACAUUAUUGUCUAUUUUUCCCCCUCUUCUGUUUUAAGUUUCGUUACGAGUACUUUAUGUUCCCGGUGAUAUACUCAGUGUCGCCAAUUUGUUACGAAAAUUGACGUUAAUUUUAUGAGAUUAAUGAAAGGUAGCGCGUCGGAGAAGAACGUGGCCCCGCGUUCCCAAAUCAUUCGGGCAAAAACCGAAGAGGAUCAGCGCGUCAGACGUGAAUUUUUAGAGUAACAGAAGAAAAACUGUGCGGGCGCCGUCCACAUACGAAGCUUUCUCUCGGCUUAUCUUUAAGCUACCUAAUGGCAUCUACAUUGUUAUAGAAUAUUAUUCCAAAUAAUUGACGCGUAAUCAUAUCAUAUAACUUUCCUAACGCUUCCUUAUUCUCUUUCGCACCCUCCCCUAAUCUCACCUCCAUCCUUUCAUCCAUCCCUCGCCAACCUACUUCCUUAAUCAUUUACCCUAUCCUCUCCUGACAUCUAAUCGAAUUACUCGCUCUAUUCUUACCAUUAUUAUAGAUGUAUUAUAUUGAAUUAAAACUGUAUCGAUUAGGUCUAUACAUACGCGUAUAUAUAUAUUAUGUACAUAUAUACACACAUAUUAUAUUGCUAUAUAUGUAUUAUAUAUGUGUAUAUAUAACAUAUAUACGUGUAGAUUCACAAAAACACAAGUAAAACAAAAAUAAGGGAGUAACACGAACAACGUUGACAACAAAAGCAUCGCUAUUUAGUAGUACAACUUUUGCCCGACUUGCCAAACUCGCGUAAAAAAGGAACAGGAAUUAUUAAGAUGACGAACCAACCACGAUCCAUCGUCGCUCUUCUGGAAUCGACUUGACGAUUCGAUAAAUGUGAAAUGGAAUACGUGCGUGUCGCGCGGUGCUCUCGAGAGUGUUGGAAGAUCAACAAAAAAAAGAAAAAAAAAGCAGUAAAAAAAGGAAAUUUGAUGCGUGCACGCGCGUAUGUGUGAACACUUCUCUAAUCCGAAUUAAGGAAAUUGUGCGAAACGGAAACACUGUGGUGUGUGGCUCGAGCGUUGGUCGAAACGAUGUCACAGCGUGUUGAAGUGCAGAAGAGAGAGAGAGAGAGUGGAAGAGAAAAAGGGGAUGUGAGUGUCGUUCGAAGGACGGAGGACGACCUAUGUCUGCAUAUGUGAGAAAGAGAGAAUAAUCAAUCGGAAGCGUGUGAAUGAAAGAAAUAGAAUGAAAGGGAAUAUUCGCGUGAAUUGUAACUAUGUACGUGCUGUAUGCGUUGGGCAACGUGGCAGAUUUGACAGAAAUCUAAAUUUUCAACUAUUAUCGAUUGUACGCGUAUCGAUUGGUAAUGAAAAAGAAAUGAUGAAAAAAGGAUGGAACUAUUUAAAAGGAUACGACGUCGGAGUCCGUUCGACGGGAUGCAGAUAGAGUUGAAAAUACGAAAAGAUGAGAAUAAAACGAUGGGAGAAUUUGUUAUAUUUUCUUUAUUACGUACUAAAUCUGAUUGUUUAUUUAUGAGCUGUUUAGUUUACAUGUUCUUUCGUAGUUUUGUUUUUGUUAAAUACGAAGCGAAAAUGUAGGAGCGAUCGAGACUACUGCCGAGUUUUAUUUUCUUCUUUUUUUCUUUUUUUUUUUUUUUUUUUUUUUU